AUGGCGACCACGUUGACUGUCACGCUCUUCCUACCAAACACCGUCAACUUCCACGAGGACAAGGCAACUCCACGCCGUCGUAGCCCGCCAUUCAAGCUCGAGCAGCGAGUCGCUUCCGCAAUCGACCUACCAACGCGCCAGAGCGCCGCGAGUCUGUUCAAUGCGGGCGGCCCAACCCCACCACCCCUCACUCCUGGCAUCCAACAGCAGAUCGCCAACGAGGGCUUCUUCACUCCAGGCAUAGAUGCGAAGAAGCGCCACUUCGCGAAGCCCGGCGAUCCACGCUCUCUGCUUCGAAGCGAUACCCACGCCGAAUGGGGCUCGACCGGAGUCUUCAACCAGCCACGUUCGCGCGCAGGUCCUUUGCCCUCCGCUUCGAUUCAGGACUUCGCAAAGGUCUACGAUGAGAUCCGAGAACAGAAGGAGCGCGAGCAGCGGAAGCAGGGUCGGAGAGUGACCAAGCCGUCUCCGCAUGGGAACUACAAAUCGCGUGCUGGCAGCUCCGAGCGAGGCUAUGAAGGCAAGUCAUGGACAGUGGAGCCAGCAGUCCACGGCAACGGCGGCCUAGUCAAUGCCAUUCGCGAGACUGCUCAAGACUCGCAUGACGGCCCUGGCACCACUUGGAUCGGUACGCUCGGUUUCCCAACCGACGCUCUGCCUGAGAAUGUCAAGGAGGACAUUGCGGACAAGUUGCUCAACGACCAUCACUCGCAAGUCAUCUACUGCAAGGAUACCGAUAUCGACGGCCACUACGUUCACCACUGCAAGACCAUCCUUUGGCCCAUCUUCCACUACCAGGUGCCCGACCACCCAAAGAGCAAGGCCUAUGCCGACCACAGCUGGAAGUUCUACAAGAAUGUCAACCAGGCCUUCGCAGACCAGGUCGUUGCCAGCUACAAGAAGGGUGACACCAUCUGGGUUCACGACUACCAUCUUUUGCUCGUUCCCAAGAUGGUUCGCGACAAGCUUCCAGACGCGAAGAUCGGCUUCUUCCUGCACACUGCCUUCCCAUCUUCUGAAAUCUUCCGCUGCUUGUCGACCCGCAAGGAACUUCUCGAAGGCAUGCUCGGCGCUAAUCUCAUCGGUUUCCAAUCCGAGGAGUACUCGAGCCAUUUUCUACAAACUUGCAGUCGCCUACUGGCCGUCGAGACCACUGCCGAGGGUGUUCAGAUUGACGAUCACUUUGUGAACGUCACCAACCGUCCUAUCGGCAUCAACCCCAUCAUGUUCGACGAGGCUCGUCAUGAUGAAGAAGUUCAGCAGUGGGUGAAGACCAUCAUCGAGAAGUACAAGGGCAAGACCAUCAUUGUGGCUCGCGACCGCCUCGAUCACGUUCACGGCGUUCGCCAGAAGUUGCUGGCGUACGAGCUGUUCCUCAAUCGUCAUCCUGAAUGGCGUGAGAAGGUUGUCAUGAUUCAGGUGGCAACAUCGACCAACGCUCAGACGGAGCUUCUCACCACAGUUUCGGACAUCUGCACCCGCAUCGAUUCUGUCCACUCCACGCUCGCACACCAGCCACUCGUGUUCCUUCGGCAGGACAUCGACUUCACUCAAUACAUCGCCUUGCUCACCGUGGCUGAUGUUCUCAUGAUUUCGGCUCUGCGAGAUGGUAUGAACCUAACGGCACAUGAGUAUGUUGCUUGUCAAGAUGGCAGAGGCAGCGAGAAGAAGUAUGGUCCUCUCAUCCUGAGUGAGUUCACCGGCAGCGCAAUCCUCUUCGGUGACUUGGCGAUCCCAAUCAAUCCGUGGGACUACACUGGCCAGGCGGACGCCAUCAAGAAAGCUUUGGAGAUGGGAAAUGAGGACAGGAGGGCUCGCUGGGAUAAGUUGCAUGCGAUUGUCGAGACGAAGACCGGUGCGUACUGGGCUGAGAAGCUGAAGGAAGAUCUGGACCACGCGUACCAGGAACACCACGAGCACUCAUCUGCGGCUGUUCCUCGUCUGUCGGUUUCGCAACUUGUCGAGAAGUACAAGUCGUCGGAGCGGAGGCUCUUCAUCAUCGACUACGAAGGGACCCUCGCCCCUCACAAGACUAGUUCUGGCAUUCCACUUGGCUCGCCUGUCCGUGUCAUCGACACUAUGAACGAUCUCAUGGCUGAUCCGAAGAACGUGGUCUACGUCAUGUCCGGACGCCGCCCAGAGGAGUUGGAGAACCAUUUCCGCACGCUCCCCAAGGUCGGCCUCAUUGCUGAGAACGGCUGCUUCGUGCGAGAAUUCGGUGUUCAAGAGAUCGAGUGGACGCACUUUGUCGACCUCGAUACGGUCGCUCAGUGGAAGCAGCAAGUCCGUACUAUCCUCGAGUACUACCAAGAGAGACUGGAGGGAAGCUACAUCGAAGAGCGUCGCUGCAGUCUCUUCUUCCGCUACGAGAAGUCCGUUGAUCAAGAGGCCGCCAUCCGCCAGGCUGGUGAGUGUGUCGAUCAGAUCAACGGCUCGUGCAAAUCCAUGCGUAUUCACGCCGUGCCUAUCAAGCAGGCUGUCUUGAUCGAGCAGGAGGACUUUAGCAAGGGCACCGCCGCUAAGCAUGUCUACGACACCCUGUGCGACACUUCGAAGGGCUUGUCGAAGCCAGACUUCAUGGUCGUCGCCGGUGACGACCGUGAAGACGAGGUCAUCUUCAAGUGGGCUAACGAGCUCGACAAGAAAGGCGAAGUCGAAGACGUCUUCACUGUCACGGUCGGCAAGCGCAACACCACUGCCCAAGCCACCUUGACGCAAGGCUCGACUGGCCUCCUCGCCGCUCUUCAGAAGCUCAACAAGGUCUCAGCGGACGCUCUCCCGCGCGACUACUUCAACCUUCCACGCAACAAGACCUUCCCUUCGUGA